CACUUUUGCACAGAAGCGCACGACGUACGCACCGCGAAGAAAGUUCGCUCCGCGUGCCGGUCACGAUCCGCCGAACGAUCUUCCUGUCAUACAUGUAGCGUUCGAGGCAUCGAUCAUCCAACCGGUGUACGUAAAUCGGGUCCAAGUAACAGCCUCGAAGUGUACCUAGCGAACUGGUUCGCGAUUGGAAUCGCAUCCAGCGAGAACACACGAACUCUGGAGGAACUCGAGGAUUCCCAAGGAUCGUCGCUUCGAACCGGUCGAGCCGAAAGUAGUUCCACCAAGGAAAUUGCUCGGUUUUCGAAUCGGUUUACGCGUUGGUGUUAAAGGACUGACAGCGUAAAGCUCGAAUUUCCUUCCGUAAACAGUAAUACCCAGAAACCAGUUCCGAUUCGCGCGAGUUCUUUGUGCAAAAAAAAAAAAAAAAAAGAGAGAGAGAGACUCCUCGGUUGUCGAAGCGUUUUCGUAACACGCGCCGCAUCGUUACAGUGAAUUUUUGUCUGCGUAAUACGGUCGCGUUUUAUUUAGUUCUACGAUAAACUGCUCGAGUGUGACAAUGAAGGACUUCACCAUGAUAUGGAGCAGAUUCACCGGGCGGCGUUACUCGUCCGUGAAUGUAAAUCCGCAUCAAAGCGACUCCAGCGAGUCGGAGGAGAUGGCCAUUAGUCGGAAGACAAGCAUCAGGAGAAAGUCCUCGAUCGUCGUGAACCGAUUCUUCAACGCGGCCUUGCCGGUGAACUCCAGCGGAAGGCCGAAAUGGUCAAAAUGUAUUUUCAUAUUGAUGACUUUGGGUUCGCUCAGUCUCGCCACCGGAUGCAUCCUGUUCGUGUUUCAACCGUACGACCUGCUCUUCAGGCUAAAAGUCAUUUUUAGCGAGGGGGGCGAGAUUUUCGAAAUAUGGCGGAAACCUGACGUCAAGCUCUACCUGAAGGUUCACCUUUUCAACGUGACUAAUCACGAGGAGUACCUUUCCGGCAAAGAGAGUAAACUCAGGUUUCAAGAACUCGGCCCUUACGUUUACAGGGAAUGUUUAGAACACGGGGAUGUUAAGUUCAACAGCAACGGCACUGUAACGGCGCUCGAUCUGCAUCCGUUGGUCUAUGUUCCAGAAAUGAGCAACGGAACCGAAGAAGACAUAAUGAUAUUACCAAACAUCGCGUUAUUGAGUAUCACGAAUGUAAUGAGGGAUGCAACGUAUUUUACUAGAUUCGGUUUGAACAUGCUGAUUCUCCACACGGACACGCAUCCUUUAGUUAAAAUGACCGCGCGAGAAUUUAUGUUCGGCUACGAAUCCUCCCUUGUCACUUUGGGCAAUAAGAUGAUGCCAAGUUGGAUCAAGUUCGACAAGUUGGGUCUCAUCGAUAGAAUGUACGAUUUUGAUGGUGAUUACGAGACGGUUUACACCGGAGAAAACGAUGUCCGUCUUACGGGGCUAAUCGAAAAGUACAACGGAGACACGAAUCUGCCACAGUGGAAAGGAAAGUGCGCAAACGUAAAUGGUUCAACUGACGGAGUCAAGUUCCAAAGUUACAUCGAGCCCAACGACACUAUUCUUUUCUUCAGGAAAAGUCUCUGUCGUAGUGCACACAUGAGACGAACUGGAGAAAAGGUCAUCAAUGGACUACAGACCUACCUCUUCAAAUUCGUGGAAAACGAGUUGGAUAACGGCGCGGUUAAUCCGGAAAACAAGUGUUUUUGUCGCGAGGGGCAUUGCCUGCAGCCUGGCUUGAUCGACGUUACGGAUUGUUAUUAUGGCUUUCCGAUCGCUUUAUCCUAUCCACAUUUUUAUAAAACCGAUCCAUCACUCUUGGAAGCUGUCGAGGGUUUGAAUCCGAGGGCAGAUAUUCACGAAUCCUACGCCUACGUUCAGCCAACGUCGGGUCUUCCAGUGAAUCUUGCAUUCCGUUUCCAAAUCAACAUGGCUUUGCAAAAUAUUGGUCAUAUGGCCAGAGUGGAGAAAUUCGCAAACUUGGUUUUACCACUCCUGUGGUUCGAAAUCGGAAUGUACGAGUUGCCAUCUGCGAUGAAUGAUCGUUUUUGGCUCUAUUUGAACGUGCUACCAGUCUUGCAAGACGUAUUUAUCUACGGUUUAAUGAUCGUCGGUAUCAUAUUUACAAUUAUUAGCGCUCACAAAAUCCUUCUGCAGUCGAAAGAGUCAACGGUAUCUCGACAAUGGCGAGAGACGGAAAUUAAGAACCAAACUCUACAAUUUCUUAACAACAGGCGACGUUCGUGUCAAACCAACGAAUCGGACACUUACUAUAAAUCGUUACUUAAAUCGAAGUCUUCGAACGCAAUAUCUGACAUGUCAACGGAGUUAUCAAAUUUAAAGGAAGACAUCGUGUGAUUGAUAAUACAUGGACUCUAGGAAGAGGCUAUUUCCUGUGUGAAAUAAUUUUAUGCUCGUAAUCAACGAAACUCACCGAAUAACUUCCGAGUUUUAGGAACCGUAAUGGUUUCGAACGUACGAUCAAAGUGCCUUUCGAUGAGCAGAGGAGAAGUGCCUUUACUUCUGUCAAGAGCUUAGGUUUAUGCAUAUCAACAUUUUGAUAUCUUCCAGUAGUUUUAGAGAAUUGAAACUGUGUUAGAAUUAAAUUUUGGUAACGCGACGAAGAAUGUGCUGAAAGCAUCCGUUUCAUAAUUCAUUUCAAUCGAACAAUCAUUAAACGUAGUUUGAAUACAAUUAUAACAUAAAUGUCAGCAAUCACGGUGAGUAGUGAUAUCUUUUUAUAUUUUCUUAUCAUACUGCGAUUAUCAUCA